AGAUAAGGAGUAAAUCGUGUUCCUCUAACACGCUCUUACUGUAAUCACCUUCAUUUGGUAUCGACAAUCGAGUUGUGCAGUACCGUUCUCGCCAUGUUUCUCAAAGUUCUCAUCGCCGUUUGUCUGGUUUUGGCCGUUGUUGCGGAGCCACCAGUAAUUGGGAGUGAUCUGUGUCAUUCUGUGGAGUCGAAGGAUUGCUCUCAGUUUGAGGACGAAGUGGUGUGUGGGUCCGACUAUAAGACUUAUAUGAACAGCUGUGAAUUUGCCAAGGGCAUCUGUCACCACAGCGGACAUAGCUUACACGCCGUACACUACGGACCAUGUCAGUAACUGCGUAAAUAAACCACGUUGCAUAUUCUUCAUGCCUUCUUUAUGGUUUCAUUGAAAUAGAAAGCAGUGCAGUAAUAAACGGUGUGUAUAUAACAAA